GAAAGGGGAGACACGCGCGGGUGAGCCGGGUCAGGGGUUUACGUAGAGGCUGACAUGUCAACAACAAAUGCUCCUCGGAUGUGUGACGUCACCCUGAGGCACCGAGGCUUCACUGUGUAUCACGGGCCGCGUUGUAAUGAAUGUGCACAGCUAAUUAUGAGACACAAAAAGAAAAAAAGCACAUGUUGAUUUUACUAAGUACGCCUUGCGCUUUCCAAAAAGGUCUGUUUGCACUGUCAGGUGUGUGUACUUGUUUGUUUUCAGCAUAGUUGACCUUGAAUAGCCUCCCAGUGUCCUGUGGCUCAGAGAGGCCACAUCUUAAUUCCCUUUAAAUCCCUCUACGACAGAUUGCAGCGUGUGAAAGCUGAGCACAAGCCAGUCCUCUGGCCGGAAUCCCGGCUUGUCUCAUGCUUACCGAUGCAGUCCGACUGGAAUAUCAAGCAGGGGUUUUGUUCAGAGAAUUCAUUUCUACUCUGCGGUUGAAAGUAAAAGGGUCGAUUGAGUGUAUAUAUAUAUGGACAAUGGCAUGCGGAAAGCAUUGAAAGAAUAAAAAAGAAAAGAUUUCCACAUUUUUAAGUCUCUUUGGAUUGAAUACAAUGAUUUUUUUUCAGUCAAGUCUUCCGUGUUAACAGGAACAAUGACCAUCCACGCAUUUAAAAAGGAAAAAAAGAGCACAUCCCCUGAGUAGAAAAAAAAGCUGAUAAUUCCUGAGUCAUUUUUAAAGAGCUCUUUGACUGAAUACAUCCAACGCAAGUGUGAUCUCCGUGGCGCCAAUCAACGGAGGCAAGGUGCUCAGGGAAAGUAGUGGAUGCCGUUGAUUGGUGUCCACCUGCUGCUACUGCUGAGGGUUUCUUUUCUUCGCCCUCGCCAAAAGGAUCCCAAAGGCACGAUGUCGACUCUUUGCUGAUCGUCCGGAUCCCUCCCCUCCUAACCAGCGGAUCAGUUACUGCAGGAUGAGUCUGGAUCUUCAAGACCUGAGGGGAAGUUAACAAAGCUGAUGACACCGCCUUGAGUGAUGAUGAAUCGCUACACCACCCUGAAGCAGCUGGGCGAUGGCACCUAUGGCAGCGUGCUGAUGGGGAGAAGCAACGAGUCUGGAGAACUGGUGGCUAUCAAGAGAAUGAAGAGGAAGUUUUAUUCAUGGGAAGAAUGUAUGAACCUAAGAGAGGUCAAGUCGCUGAAGAAGCUGAACCAUGCGAAUGUGGUGAAACUGAAGGAGGUCAUCAGAGAGAACGAUCACCUCUACUUUGUCUUUGAGUAUAUGAAGGAGAACCUGUACCAGCUUAUGAAGGACAGAGAGAAUAAGAAGCUCUCAGAGAAUGAAAUUAGGAACAUCAUGUUUCAAGUGGUAUCUGGGUUGGCUUUUGUACAUAAGCAUGGUUUCUUUCACCGAGACAUGAAGCCAGAGAAUCUGCUGUGCAUGGGUCCAGAACUGGUCAAAAUAGCAGAUUUCGGACUGGCCCGAGAGAUCCGGUCCAAGCCGCCCUACACAGACUACGUGUCUACCAGAUGGUACCGAGCUCCAGAGGUGCUGCUCAGGUCCUCUACCUACAGCUCUCCUAUUGACCUGUGGGCUGUGGGCUGCAUCAUGGCAGAACUCUACACACUCCGUCCCCUUUUCCCGGGGAACAGUGAGGUGGAUGAGAUAUUUAAGAUCUGCCAAGUCCUUGGCACAGUCAAAAAGACGGAUUGGUCAGAAGGCCACCAGUUAGCCUCCGCUAUGAACUUUCGCUUUCCCCAAUGCGUGCCGACCCACCUGAAGACACUCAUCCCUAAUGCCAGCAAUGAGGCUAUCGCCCUGAUGAGGGAUCUGCUGCAGUGGGACCCCAAAAAAAGACCCACUGCUGUACAGACCCUGCGCUACCCUUACUUCCAGGUAGGACAGAUCUUAGGGCCUCGCCCUCUGAGCCAAGAGGUCAAGAACAUCCAGGCCAGGCCGCCGGCCCAGAAGCAGGUGUCGGACUCCAAGGCGGAUCCUCAGCAGUCUUCCUCUGAGUCCAAAACCUCCACGUCCUCUUCCAGGAACCAACAUCAUCAGCCUCUCCAGCAGAUUCCCCUUCCUCAGACUGAGAGUAAACCAGGAGGCCACAGCCAUGCAAAAGCUGCGCCGCUGGGCGGUGACGGCAGCGUCGGUGGUGCUGGGAUGGGGGUGCUGAAAAAUGGCCGUCGUCGCUGGGGCCAGACGGCGGCCAAGACAUCAGACAGCUGGGAGGAAUCCGACCCGGCUGAAACCACCGCCUCCAACUCGAAGAAACCCAGCCUGGGGAACGCGGAGGAGGAGGAGGAGGCGAGCCUGAAGGAGCACCGCCCACAGCCAAAGGAGCAGAAACCUCUGUAUUCCUUCAGCACAGUCACUAAGCUACCCAACAACGUUAAGAUCGGCCAAAUGGACUCUAAUCUCUCAGGAUCGGCUGCACGGCAGCACUAUCUGAGCCAGUCGCGAUACUUGCCAGGUUUGAUCGGCAAGAGUCAGACUUCUGCUGAUAAGAAGCUGAGUGGUUUGACGCUGCGGGACUUGUGGGAGAACUCCUCAAACACCUUAAAUAAACCGCUCGCUCCUAUUGGAGGAGGAUUAUCUGUCACUCGAGACAACACAGAAGAAGAGAAUGCUUCUAAAUGUGUCGAUAGCGCACCAGAGAAAACGGUUGUUAAAGAAAGAAUACUAGAGAAAAUCGAUCUCUCCAAAGGGAACUUCAUAAGCACCAAAUAUAACCUCUCCGGCGGUUAUAUACCUUCAUUCCAAAAGAAGGAGGUGGGCUCGGUGGGGCAGAGAAUCCAGCUCGCCCCUUUGGACAGCCAGCACACAAUCAACUUUUCUUCUCCUGAUAAUAAAAAGGAAAAAUUGAAAUCCACAAAGCCCAAGCCCGUAUCCAACUCACCUUUGAGCGAAACUAACGAAGAUUACGAGGGCUGGAAGAGGAGGGCAGACAGAACUCAGAUGAAGGGCAGCAGCUACUCGGCUUUGGGCAAAACCUCCGGCAAUCUCCUGAGCAGAGCUCCCCCCGCGCAGCCGGUCCACGGCCGGGUGGACUGGACAUCCAAAUAUGGUGCAAAUCGGUAGCUCAGAAAGGAGGUUGUGCAGCCGCCGGUUUCGACUGUUGCCCAGUGAUACACAUCGUCAGCCGGAAGUCAAACACACACCAACCUGCAUCCAACAUGGAGGAGUCUGGCAGGGGACAAAAAAAAAGUAGUGGCACAAUUCUUCGGGGAGACAUUUUCCCCACCACAAUGGCAUCGCUUCGCUCCCAGCGGUGCAACUGUGAGGGCGCGCGGAGCCGCCGUGUUUUAGAAGAUGACGUUUGCCAUUAAGCUGAACCGAGACGAGCCGGUCUGCAUUCCUGAAGGAGCCAGCGCGAGCCAAUUCUGAUGUUAGUGUUAGGGGUGUUUUGUGUAGAAACUAUUGUAGCAUAACUUCAUUUUUAUACUCUGUCAAGUAUUGUAUCGUUUUACUACUGAUGACAAAGCAUGAAUCAGUCAUUUUGUUAACAGCUCCUGCAACGCUUCCUCUGCUUUUAUUGUCAUAACAUACAGUGUAAUGGCUACAAAAAUGAUUACUUUGACUUAUUGUGUACCAAAGCACACGUCUUUGUAUUAUGCAAUUGAUUGACUGAACAUUUUGUAAAGCUUUUGUAUAAAUAAAUACAUGUAAAAGCCAAAAA